AUUCAACAAACCAAGUAUUUGUUUUCGUCAUCUGCCGACGUCGGGAUGCGGAUUUCAGCCGAACCGGAUAGGCGGUGCAUCAAACUGUGUCAACGUAAUCACUUUUUGACAUUCGAUAAAAUCGUGCAACGGCUGAAUGUGGUCGCUGCUGCUGUGCGGAGUUUGGAUUGAAAAUUUGUCCCGUGUACCAUACAACUGGUCAAGAUGAAAGUUGCCACAAGCCACAGUAACAACCUGAAGUACCUGAGUCUCGUCACGCUCACGCUGCAGAAUGCGAUCCUCGGGCUGAGUAUGCGAUACGCCCGGACCCGUCCGGGGGACAUGUUCCUGAGCUCGACCGCUGUCGUUAUGGCGGAGGUGGUGAAACUCUCCACCAGCCUCGUGCUGGUGUACCUCGAGGAAGGUCGCCAUUUGCCGCGGCUUUGGACGGCCCUGCACCAGACGAUCGUGAAGCAGCCGGUCGACACGUUCAAGAUCUGCGUGCCGUCGCUGCUGUACAUCAUCCAGAACAACUUGUUGUACGUGUCCGCUUCCCAUCUCGAUGCCGCCACCUAUCAGGUAACGUAUCAGCUGAAGAUUCUAACCACAGCCGUCUUUGCUGUGCUGAUCUUGCGCCGGCGCCUCCUGCCCACCCAAUGGGCCGCCCUUGUCUUCCUCGUCGUUGGCGUCGCGAGCGUCCAGUUGGCCAAUUCCAGCGGUGACGGCGAAGUCCAGGCUGCCACGCGCCAGCAGACCAUACCGACAGGGAACGGCGACCAGAACCGUCUGGUCGGGUUCAGUGCCGCCCUCGGUGCUUGCUUCCUCUCCGGGCUGGCCGGUAUCUAUUUCGAAAAGAUGCUCAAGGGCGCCGACAUAUCCAUCUGGAUGCGUAACAUCCAGCUGAGUCUGCUCUCGUUGCCCUUCGGCCUGCUCACCUGCUUCCUAAACGAUGGUGCAGCGCUGUCCGCUCGCGGCUUCUUCUACGGUUACGAUUCGUUCGUCUACUACCUCAUAGUGCUGCAGGCCGUCGGUGGGCUGAUCGUAGCCGUGGUCGUCAAGUACGCCGACAACAUUCUGAAAGGUUUCGCCACCUCGCUCGCCAUCAUCAUUUCGUGCGUGGCGUCGAUUUAUCUGUUCGAGUUCCAUCUAUCGCUGCAGUUCACCGUGGGCGCGGCGCUCGUUAUCGGUUCCAUCUUCCUGUACGGAUACGAUCCGUCAUCAGCGAAGGGUAAAGCGACGGCCACCGGACACAGGGGCAGUACCAAGAGCCAGGCCCAGCUCGAAGCAGAAGAACGGCUGCUGGCAGAGAAGGUGUAGACAAACACACAGCUGUAUUUGCACAGCUAUCGCUUUUUAGAUCGAUUUUCUCCCUUUUUAUUUUAGUUACCCAAUCGCAGAUCUCCUGUUGGCUAAAAGUAUAACAACGUCGAAUGGAAAUAACCUACAACAUCGGCAAUCUAGCUUGCAAAUACCUGUAUAGGUUAUUUUGUUCUAGAAUGUUUAGAAAAAAUUGCAUUAUAUUGCGAUGAUAAUUUUCAUGACCGUUAAGUUUAUUUCAAAUAUUACCACAUGUUCUACCGUAAUCGGUAAAAACAAAUCAUAUACAGUAGACUUCUGAAUAUCCAUCGUAUAGGAUAGCACGUAAACCGCAGAUAAUCAGCAAAAUGCUGGAAAUAUGAACUCGAAAAAGAAGUUAAGUUUCAAACGCAAACGCAAGAUACUUUUGUCCCUCUCAAACUUAUGUAGGGGUAAGCGGUGGGACUCAUCAUCAUCAAAACACACAAAAUUACGAAGUCAACAGUUGCCGUAUUUUCGCGUGUAUAACACGACCCUUCUCGUCCGCGAUAGUAUGCGUCGAGUAGGGGUGAAUAGAAUUAGACUUGCUGUUAUUUUUGUAUCAAUUUUUUCUACCGCAAUAUAGAAGGUACACCUAAUGGAGAAUUGGUGUUACCAAUAAAUGUCAGGGACUGUAUAGACCGUGUACAAUAUAGCUUCAUGUAUGCGAGCUUGCGAACACGGGUCGAAUCCUUGGGAGAAUACUAUUACAUUGCUAACGUAUAAGGGGGAUGAGCCGUAGAGCAUCAAUCCGUUGAUUAGAUAACAGAGAACUUCGUUAAAGUUUGCAAUUUAAAAAAGUGUACUUUUGAUUUCUUUUUGUAAAUAAGUUAACACAAUUAACUUUUGUAGGAGUUACAAAUAUGAAAUGCAAAGCUGAAUGCCGACUUUCCAAGUACAUUCAUUCUGCAUUGUUGCAUUGUCCAGACAGAGAAAAAAUCAUGUAAAUCAUAAAACAAUUUACUUCUGCACUUUCGAAGAACGAACGGAAUGCAAAUAAUUGAAAAGAACGUUCAAAAAUCUAGACAGAAUGAAGGCCUCACAGUAAAGAUUUAUAAGCUCAAUCGUAAGUUUUUUUUAUUUUAGAAAACAAACCAAUUGUUUCUUCGGUUUUCUGUAGAAUGUUGAGCAAAUGCAGCAAUACCGGCUUCAUCGAUCGCGGUUAUUCGGGAGUUUACUGUACAUGUUUUCGAAAAUGACCAUACACAAAGUGACUUCAUAGAGAGAGAGAUCUGUUAGUAUUAAAAUGGAAAAAAUAUAUAACAUACGUAGAGCGGUAGGUAUGUUUUUAAAUAUUCUUAUUUUUGACGUAAUAUGAAAGGAAUGUUACUUAGCACGUGCUGUGGAACGGAAAUAUCUCCGAUGUCGAAUGCGAUUCACAUUUGAGCACCUUAAAAGCGAGGAACUUACGUUCAAUGUUUAUUCAGCUUCCACUGUUGGUGUCCCAAAAUUUGCAAAACAAAAAACAUGAAAUGCGCAUAACAAUACGAAAAGGGCAUUUGAAGUAACGAAAGUUGUGAAAAAGUUUCGAUUUAUCUUAAAAAGAAAGCCAAUUGAUAAUGACAAUGAAGGGUGAAGAGGUUAUUUUUCUGCGAUGUGCAUAGCGUAAGAUUCGAUUGAACGAAACAUCCACACACACCGCGAAAGGUGCCUCCACUAGAAAAUACUUUAAUUCUGCAAACAGUGAUUAUAUGACUAAUAUAAUAAUUAUAACAAUAUUUGUAGUAAAGAACUGUCAAACUGAAGACACGCAUAUAAAUCACGAACAGUUUGUUAGUACUUGGCCCAUAAUUUAAAACGUAAAUUCGUUUCUGCAACUGCUUUUUUAAAUGACAAUGCUAAUUGAAUUAAGCUAUGGUAAGAAAUGGGAUCUUCUUACUUUCCAGCACCCCAUUGUAGGCCUUUUUCAAUACGAAAGGUAUUGAAAAUAUCUCUUCGUGGCGACAACUUUUCCGGUUUGAGUGGAAGCUUCGUAACGUUCAAAAAUAUUUUAUCCAAACGAUUCUAAUGCGAAAUGGUAACGUCAGCAUUAUAGUUAGUUUUUAUUGUAAAGUAAAAUUAAUGUUUUAAAGUAUUAGUUAUUUCAGAAACAAUAAUUUUAAUGGGGUUUGAUUUAAUAAAAUUUACAACGAAGA